GUCCCCAGGAUGUCUGAGCUGGAGAAGGUGCUGGUUGCCCUCCUUGACGUCUUCCACCAGUACUCUGGAAGGGAAGGUGACAAGCACAAGCUGAAGAAGUCUGAACUGAAGGCCCUCAUCAACAGUGAGCUCUCCCACUUCCUGGAGGUGAAAAUCAAAGAGCAGGAGGUUGUGGACAAAGUCAUGGAAACACUGGAUGAAGAUGGAGAUGGAGAAUGUGACUUUCAGGAAUUUAUGGCCUUUAUUGCUAUGGUGACCACUGCCUACCAUGAGUUCUUUGAACAUGAGUGAGAUAAAGAACCACGCUGUUCCUGCACCAGAGAUGAAGUUCAUAGCAGGAACCCAAGCACAAAGGCUUUCAGGCUUAUCAGACCCAAACUCUCCAGCCAUAUGUAGCUAAUUAGGAGGCUUGAUGUGCUAUGUGAAAAUUUGAAACUCCCUUCCCAAAGUCUGUUUUAAAUUGCUGCAACAUUGUAUCUGCUGUAGCAGCCAUUUGUAUAAGCUGACUGGUCCCAAGGACUGAGCAUUGUGUCAGUCGUAAAGCAUAUGCUAUACAGGCAACCAUAGCUCUGCGGAACACUAACCCAGAAAGGACAAACCGAUCAACUACCAAAAGCAACCCUGCGAAGUAGCAGCCUAAAAUCGUGAC